AUGGAAGGGGAGAACAAGCAGCAGCAGCAGGUGGCGCCUCAGCAGCAGGGGGAGGAUAAGCAGCAGCAGCAGCAGCAGCAGCAGCAGCAGCAGCAGCAACAACAACAGCAGCAACAACAGCAGCAAGAGUCUCAGCAGGGACAAGAUGGCGACUAUGAAGAAGAAGUCAUUACUUCUUUCGACAAUCUACCCCUCAACGAGAAGCUGCUGCGAGGCAUUUAUUCUUACGGUUUUGAGAAGCCCUCAGCCAUUCAGAUGCGAGGUAUUAAACCUAUUAUCGAUGGCCAUGACACUAUAGGACAGGCACAGAGCGGUACAGGAAAGACAGCAACAUUUGUUAUUGCUGCUCUGCAAAAAAUAGACUACAGCAAGCCUGCUUGUCAGGUGCUUAUCUUAGCCCCGACAAGAGAGCUCGCGCAGCAGAUUCAAAAGCACCAGCAGUUGUCUGCUGCACCUUAUCGGGUGUGGGUUGCGUUAGCUCUAGGAGAUUAUUUGCAAGUGCUGUGUCAUGCAUGCGUUGGAGGCACGUCUGUACGCGAAGAUGCUCAGCGUCUGCACGGGGGUGUGCAUGUAGUUGUCGGUACACCCGGUAGGGUGAACGAUAUGAUGGAGAAGAGGCAUCUAAGGUGCGACCACAUGGUUUUGUUUGUUCUUGAUGAAGCAGAUGAGAUGCUUUCAAGAGGAUUUAAAGCACAGAUCCUCUCAGUCUUCCAGCAUCUCCCUCAGGAUGUACAAGUCGCUCUGUUCAGUGCUACUAUGCCCUCCGAUAUCUUAGAGCUUACCACUCAGUUUAUGAGAAAACCCAAGCGCAUCCUUGUUAAGAAGGAUGAGCUGACGCUCGAAGGUAUUUCUCAGUAUUAUAUUGAUGUGCAAAGAGAAGAAAAUAAAUUCGAUACGCUUGUUGACCUCUACGAAACACUCACCAUCACUCAAGCGAUUAUUUACUGCAAUACCCGCCGCAGAGUCUUGCAGCUGGUAGAAAUGAUGACUGGGCAGGACUUUACAGUUUCAGCAAUGCACGGAGAUAUGGAGCAGCAGCAGAGAGAGACAGUCUUAAGAGAGUUUAGAAGCGGCUCAACACGUGUGCUGAUAACAACAGAUCUAUUAGCUAGGGGUAUCGAUGUGCAGCAGGUUUCUCUGGUUAUUAACUAUGAUAUACCGACUUCAAAGGAAAAUUAUAUUCAUAGAAUUGGUCGAAGCGGUCGAUUCGGUAGAAAAGGUAUUGCAAUUAACUUCGUUACUAUUAAUGACAUGGAGCAGCUCAAAGAAAUUGAGACCCACUACAACACACAAAUACAAGAGAUGCCUGCAAAGCUCGAGACAAAGUAA